AUGGAUAAUGUGCUGAGCAGCCUACCCCCGGACGUGGGGGCGAUCCUGUGGAACAACUUCGGGAUCUUGCAGGUUGUCUCCAUGUUUGCAAUAGGCGCGUACAAUGCAGUCGAGACCGGGAUCGUGACCUUGGAGAUGUUCAAGCACUACCGUGGACUAUAUUUCUGGAGCAUGCAAAUCGCUUCUUGGGGGAUUCUCGUUCAUGCAAUUCCAGCUAUGAUCCGAUUUAUCUCCGUGGCUCCAAGUCUGCCAAUGUCUAUCCCCUUCAUCAUCGGCUGGUAUGCCAUGGUCACAGGCCAAGCCCUCGUCCUCUACUCUCGACUCCACCUUGUCGUCUCCGAUAUCAACAAGCUGAGAUGGGUCCUGUGGAUGAUCAUCAUUAACGCCCUGGUCUUCCACAUUCCCAUGACGGUGCUGUUCUUCAUCCUCAGCAAUAACCCCACCCUCGCCCGCGCGGCCGCCAUCUUCGACCGCAUUCAAGUAACAGGAUUCUGCAUCCAAGAUUUCGUCAUCUGCGGCAUAUACAUCCGCGAGGCCCUCCGCGCUCUAGGCCCCGUCCUCGAAGUACGUGGUAAAGAAGGCCAGAAAGUCAUCAUCAAUCUCAUCUGGGUAAACGUCGUCGUCGUCAUACUCAACUGCCUCCUCCUGAUUGUCGAAUACAAACUACACUACAUCGAAGUCAGCUUCAAAACAGUGGCAUACAGCAUCAAACUCAAACUCGAAUUCUCGGUCCUCAACCGUCUACGCUCCCUCACCCGCACGCAACCCUACGCCUGUCAGCAAUCCCAGCAACAUGCCGGCGGUCCGCGCCGAUCAAGUGAUAGAAACAUCUUCGACAUGGUCUCCGCACGACGGGCGCCCAGGAUGGAUAUCGAGGAAAUGCCCGGCUUUGUCCAUACCGGUGUGUCUCAUGAUCAGUCGCUAUCCGAACCAAACAGUACACACGAUUUCCACGAGGCUCUUCGCGAGACAUCCUUGAAUGACAACGUGAUCAGCCGCGUCGGGACUUGUGUUCUAUCCCCUUCGACACUUUCCUCCGAGAAUUUUUCUCGACCGCGUAUUGGACCUUCGGAAACAAAAUAUUCAGUGGAGAUGAGGCUGCUCGAGUCGCCAAGAUCGAGCUAG